AACAAUUGGCGGUAGACAAAAGGGAACUUUCAUUUAUGUUUAUGAUGGAUAUACAUAUAAUAUCGAUAAGCGGCUAAACAACACAUAUCGCUGUUCAAGUCGUCGUUCAACAGGAUGUCCCGGUGUUGCAAAAAUAAUUGAUGGGCAAGUGCAUGUGCAAACUCUACAUCAACAUCCACCAGAUACCAAAAAGUUAGAAAAAUUUAAAAUGCGAAAUGAAAUGUUACGUUUAUCACGAGAAUCGCUUCUGCCACUGAAGGAAAUUUUUGAUAACGUUUGUCGAACGGAUCCAGAAGUAGCUAUACAUAUAUCGUAUAGUUCUAUGAAAAGUAUAAUGACUCGAGAACGAACUAAACAAAGACCUCCUAUACCACACACUUUUCAAGCCUUGGCUACUGAUUUAAUUAAAUACGAGUGGAUUAAAUAUUUUUAUAAAGGAAGUGUAGUUGCACAAGAUGGUAAUACAGCUAUUAUAUUUUCAAGUGAAAAACUUAUUGAAAUAAUUCAAGAAGCUCAGGAAAUUUUUGUUGAUGGAACAUUUUCAGUAAGUUAUUUUGAUUGAUAAU